CCAAGGCAGUUCCAUGCUUAAUAAUGCCAGGGAUAAUCAGUGACACCCGAGCUGGACUCGGGAAACCCAUAAGCAUACAACACAACCACCAAGCAGCUCGUCAAUGGCUCACCGUCUGGGUCGCCGUCUACAAACCCGAGGACGGAAGAUACUUCCACUGGGCCAUUUCCAUCUGCGACGAAUCCAGAAACCAAUGGCAUACCUAUGAGGCUACCCGUACUUACCCCAAGGGUCCCUUCACAACAAAUUACAUGCAAUGCGACCCUCAACGAUCAUCCCAGUGUCUCCCAUUGUGCUUUCUGAGCAGAAUUUCCGCAACCUAUUUCGACGCCGUUACUCAAACUAUCAAGGACAUCUCCAUUCCGAAACCCCAGGGUGACUACAAUUGCCAGACCUAUGUUAUCGACGUCUGUCGUGGUUUAGUCAGGGCGGGACAUGUGAAUGCAACCGACUUCGUGGCCACGCUGGAGGAGCUCCAGGUAUAUCAAGGGGAGCAAAAGAGAGAGUUUGGGAAAAAGGACGGUGAGGAGAAGCUGAAAGUUGUUUCAGAUGAGUAUGUGACGGAUUCUGCCUCCAGCGAAGAAUUUCCAUGAUAGAUGUCCGUUGCAAUUUUGUUGCUGUCUUGGGUCAGUCGGGCAAUUUACAAAGCCCGGCCUUGCCAUCUAACUAGAGGGUUACCUGUGGUAAAUAGA